UCAGUAGCUGGGGCCGGCUCCGCUCCGGGAGUAGGAAGCAGCUUUGCGGGCCCGGGCGGCCGAUGCGGGCACUUUGAAGAAUCACGUGUGUUGAGGCCCUCUUAAAGAGAUAGGCACCUACUUUUCCCUCCACCCUAAACACCGCCCUGAGGGCGGCGGCGACCGUGGUAAUUGCAACUGCUCAGGGGCAGGGCUUGCCCCAGCGCCGAGUAGUGGCAACGGCGUGGUUGCGUCGGGGGUGCCUGGGAGCUUGGAGUCCCGGGGGCCUGAAAUCGGCAGCUUCCCGGGCAGACACUCUCUCCCUCAGGAAGAGGUGCCGCCGAGUCAGCGCGGGGCAGUGUGAGCGCCCCGAGGUGCUUUCUCAGUUGAGGAGAGGUGGGGUUACAGGGCACAGGUGACAGGGCCGGAGAAAGAUGGAGCAGCCCGGGGCGGCGGCGUCGGGAGCGGGAGGCGGCAGCGAGGAACCCGGUGGGGGCCGGAGCAACAAGCGGAGCGCGGGGAACCGGGCCGCCAAUGAAGAGGAAACGAAAAACAAACCCAAAUUGAACAUUCAAAUAAAAACUUUGGCAGAUGAUGUGCGUGACCGAAUUACAAGUUUUAGAAAAUCUACUGUCAAAAAAGAAAAACCUCUUAUUCAACAUCCUAUUGAUUCUCAAGUCGCGAUGAGUGAGUUUCCCGCAGCUCAGCCAUUAUAUGAUGAACGAUCUUUGAAUUUGUCAGAAAAGGAAGUAUUGGAUCUCUUUGAAAAAAUGAUGGAGGACAUGAACCUUAAUGAAGAAAAAAAAGCUCCUUUACGAAACAAAGAUUUUACCACCAAACGUGAGAUGGUUGUCCAGUAUAUUUCUGCCACUGCCAAAUCUGGUGGGCUGAAAAACAGCAAACAUGAAUGCACCCUGUCUUCACAAGAAUAUGUUCAUGAAUUACGAUCGGGUAUAUCAGAUGAGAAACUUCUUAAUUGUCUAGAAUCCCUCAGGGUUUCUUUAACCAGCAAUCCAGUCAGCUGGGUUAACAACUUUGGCCAUGAAGGUCUUGGACUCUUAUUAGAUGAGCUGGAAAAGCUUCUGGACAAAAAACAGCAAGAAAAUAUUGACAAGAAGAAUCAGUAUAAACUUAUUCAAUGCCUCAAAGCAUUUAUGAAUAAUAAGUUUGGAUUACAAAGGAUUCUAGGAGAUGAAAGAAGUCUUUUACUAUUGGCAAGAGCAAUUGACCCCAAACAACCCAACAUGAUGACUGAAAUAGUAAAAAUACUUUCUGCUAUUUGCAUUGUUGGAGAAGAGAACAUUCUAGAUAAACUUUUAGGGGCUAUAACAACAGCAGCAGAAAGAAAUAACAGGGAACGAUUUUCACCAAUUGUGGAAGGUUUAGAAAAUCAGGAAGCCUUGCAAUUACAGGUGGCCUGCAUGCAGUUUAUAAAUGCCCUUGUCACUUCUCCUUAUGAGCUUGAUUUUCGAAUACAUUUAAGGAAUGAAUUCCUCCGUUCAGGACUAAAAACAAUGUUACCAGAUCUAAAAGAAAAAGAAAAUGAUGAGCUUGAUAUUCAGUUGAAAGUAUUUGAUGAAAACAAAGAAGAUGACCUAACUGAAUUAUCACACCGUCUCAAUGACAUUCGAGCAGAAAUGGAUGAUAUGAAUGAAGUCUACCAUCUUCUGUAUAAUAUGCUGAAGGACACUGCUGCUGAAAAUUACUUCUUAUCCAUUCUACAACAUUUUUUGCUCAUCAGAAAUGAUUAUUAUAUCAGGCCACAAUAUUAUAAAAUAAUUGAGGAAUGCGUUUCACAGAUAGUGCUACACUGCAGUGGUAUGGAUCCAGACUUCAAGUACAGGCAACGAUUAGACAUCGAUUUCACUCACCUGAUAGAUUCUUGUGUGAACAAGGCGAAAGUUGAAGAAAGUGAACAAAGAGCUGCAGAGUUUUCAAAGAAGUUCGAUGAAGAAUUCACAGCUCGACAGGAAGCUCAAGCAGAGCUUCAAAAAAGAGAUGAGAAAAUCAAAGAACUUGAAGCAGAAAUCCAGCAACUUCGAACCCAGGCACAAGUACUCUCAAGUUCAUCAGGAAUUCCAGGUCCUCCUCCAGCACCUCCAUUGCCAGGUGUAGGGCCGCCUCCACCACCACCAGCACCACCUCUACCUGGAGGAGCUCUUCCUCCUCCUCCACCACCGCCUUUACCUGGAAUGAUAGGGAUACCACCACCACCACCACCACCACUUUUAUUUGGGGGACCUCCUCCACCACCACCCCUUGGAGGAGUUCCUCCUCCCCCAGGAAUAUCACUUAAUCUACCUUAUGGAAUGAAGCAGAAAAAAAUUUAUAAACCUGAAGUGUCCAUGAAGAGAAUCAAUUGGUCAAAGAUUGAACCCACAGAAUUAUCUGAGAACUGUUUCUGGUUAAAAGUUAAAGAAGACAAGUUUGAGAAUCCAGAUCUCUUUGCCAAACUGGCAUUGAAUUUUGCUACUCAGAUGAAAGUUCAAAAGAAUGCAGAAGCAUUAGAAGAAAAGAAGACUGGGCCUACAAAGAAGAAAGUGAAAGAACUGAGAAUUUUGGAUCCCAAAACAGCUCAGAAUCUGUCCAUCUUUCUGGGAUCAUAUCGCAUGCCAUAUGAAGAGAUAAGAAACAUUAUUCUGGAGGUUAAUGAAGACCUGCUGAGUGAGGCUUUAAUUCAGAACCUUGUGAAACAUCUUCCUGAGCAGAAGACACUCAAUGAAUUAGCAGAGCUUAAGAAUGAAUAUGAUGACCUCUGUGAGCCUGAACAAUUUGGAGUUGUGAUGAGCUCCGUGAAAAUGUUACAGCCUCGUCUCAGUAGUAUCCUGUUCAAACUCACAUUUGAAGAACACGUAAACAACAUCAAACCAAGCAUCAUAGCAGUAACUCUUGCCUGUGAAGAACUGAAGAAAAGUGAAAGCUUUAACAGACUUUUAGAAUUAGUUCUUCUUGUUGGAAACUACAUGAACUCAGGCUCAAGAAAUGCCCAGUCUUUGGGUUUUAAGAUCAACUUCCUUUGUAAGAUCAGAGAUACUAAAUCAGUGGAUCAAAAAACAACCCUUAUGCAUUUUAUUGCCGACAUUUGUGAGGAAAAUUACCGAGAUAUCCUAAAAUUUCCUGAAGAACUGGAACAUGUAGAAAGUGCAAGCAAAGGUAAUUGUACUGUUGGGUCAUGUUCCUUAACAAAAAGCUACAGCUUUACGAAGAGUGCCAGAGAACAGUAUGAAAAACUCUCCACCAUGCACAACAACAUGAUGAAGCUCUAUGAGAAUCUCGGAGAAUAUUUCAUUUUUGACUCAAAGACAGUGAGCAUAGAAGAGUUCUUUGGUGAUCUCAACAACUUCCGAACUUUGUUUUUGGAAGCAGUGAGAGAAAACAAUAAGAGAAGAGAAAUGGAAGAGAAGACCAGGAGGGCAAAACUUGCGAAAGAGAAAGCUGAACAAGAAAAGUUAGAACGCCAGAAGAAAAAGAAACAACUCAUUGACAUAAACAAAGAGGGUGAUGAGACUGGUGUGAUGGAUAAUCUUCUGGAAGCCUUACAAUCAGGUGCAGCAUUCAGAGACCGACGAAAGCGGAUUCCAAGGAAUCCAGAUAACAGACGAGUACCUUUGGAAAGGUCACGCUCUCGCCACAAUGGAGCUAUCUCAUCUAAGUGAUUCCUGAUGCCAAAGAAUAUGAAAAUAUUUAAGUAAACAAAAUGAUGCAUUUUGAGAAGAACAAAGUAUGCACUCAGCGGCUGGAAAGGGAAUAAGUGCAUUUUUGCAAAGAUCAAGAUAAGCUGGAUGAAGUAGUGUGCAUUUGUAAUACUAUUGCAAGACUCCUCCCACAAUUAUUCUAAUCUGAAUACAGUUAUCAGGAUUACAAAAUGUGUUCCAUUUUAGUGUAAAGAUGUGUAUCAUUUGUAAUUGUGUGUGACCUGACUGUGAUGAUGAAAGUGUAAGAAAUUGAAGAGUUCUAAGGCUUUCAAAAACAUUCAGUCUGUCAAAAAUUUAAAAUCUUAAAUGUGUAAGUCACCCCCACCAAAAACAAAAGAGAAGAAAAAGAAUAGAAAGUAUUAUCCAGUGUCAGCUUCCAAUUCCUGUUACAUAUAUAAUAGAAAAGGGCCAAGAAAAAUAUACAUCUUGAUUUGGAGAGGGGCUAAUAUUAUGCACACUGUAAGAGAAGCCAUUUUGGAAAUUCAUGAAAGUACUGCUCCACCCCAGUUGAGUUAUUUAGAAUCUUAUCUCAAGUGAAAGCUGAUGGAUUCAUCUGCUUUGGCUGAAAUUAAACUUAUCAUUAGUCUAGCUAGCAUUUCAGCAUGAUAUUGCAAGCAUUUCUCAUUGCUAAAAAUAAACCAAAGUUUAACCGAAUCAGUUAGAGAAAGUGAUUUAAACUUUAUUUAAAGAGGUAUUUUCUAAUUAUGCACAGAUAUCUACUUUAUACAAAUACUUUAUAUGGCUAUUUUUGAGAAAACCCUCACAUUUUAAUGUUUAUGCUAGGGAUGAACCUGAAAAUUCUAUUACCUUUAUUUAGAUUUCAAAGACAAAUAUUGAUUCCUAUGCUCUGUGGUUUAUUUCUUUUUUCUAUUGCUUCUUUCUCCCUUGAGUCCCUUGAAGGCAGGGAAUAGAAUUCUAGAAAACCUGAGAGGAAAAAGAAUUCUUUUUGCAGGAGGCAGCAGAAAACUGUCUAAAAGGUCAAUUGUUUUAUCUCCCUUUCUACUCUCUUUCCAAUUUCACUUUGGUGGUCUGAAGAAGAAAAAGAAAUUUUAUGUAUGUAUGUGUAAAUAUGUGUGUAUAUUUAUAUCUCUUGCUACAAUAAUUCCAACUAAGUGAACUUCUCAAUUAUCAUCAUACUUACUUACCUUAUAUUAACAAAUUAAAAUGAUGCUGCCAAAACAAGUCUAGCAGGGAAAACAGGUUCUACAUUUUUCUUAAAUAGAUUAGGGAGUAAAAGUUAUACUUAACUUGUCUAUUAUUUUAAAAUAUACAUUGAAAUAAUGUGGUAUAACUUCUCUGGAGUGCAAUUUUAAGUCUAAUUCACGCAGAUGAUUGUGAUUAUUGUAAGAAAUUUCUUACAUGUAUAUUUCUUAUAGAAAAUACUGUUUCUACUCAUUCAAAGCACAUUGUAGAUAUUCAGAGAGAAGAACAAAUGGCUGGCUUGGCAAAUCCCCAUCUGAGAUAAAGUAAACAAGUGACCAGCAGCUUACAGAUUCCUUUAUAUAGAUGUAUAAUGAUUCAAACUGCUGCCUUUGCCUCCAGUGCAUCCUUACUUAGGUAUUAUACUUUUAAAAGCUCUGAAGCUGCUACAAUAGAGAAAGCAAAAAGGGUGACAGUAUCUGAGAUUUUAUAGUUCUAUCCGAUCUGAAAACACACAUACACAAACACACACAUGUGCACAUACACAUUUAAGGGACAUAUCAGUUACACUGUUUUUUAACAACAACAAAAGUUUAGGUUCUAAUUUAUGUAAAUACGUAAUAUGUGUAUUUUUGACUUUACAAUGUCUUUUCUGAAAUCUUCGUGGUAUGGCUUUUUUAAUUCUUUUGACAGCUUAUCAGUCUGUAGGAGAGUGAUUUUGAAAAUGUUAACCCUGACUAAAAUUUGGGAGCAUAUGCCUAGCUAUAUUAUCAAGCUGGUCAAGGUAGAAAUACUGAUAUGUAUCACCUUUUCCAGACGCAAACUUGCCUUAUUUUCUAGUUUGUGAACAAGAACGAAUGAAGUACUAUUAUUGAUAACUUAUAUAUUUUUAUUUAGAGCAAAUCCCACUUGCUUUUCACAAACAUUAAAAAACUUUUCAGGGUCUUUCAUGAAGUUCCAAUAAUUGAGUUAAAAGGUUUGUUUCCCAGAUUUAUAAUGGUCCUGCUCUAGCCAUUUGCAGUUUUGUUUUAGAUUGAAAAGUAUCACUAAAAUAAGUAUAUAGUGACAUUUUUAGUAUGAAACCAAAUUACACUAAGGUCUUUUGUUGGCCAUAUUACUGCCACAUGUGAGAAGCACCAUUUAUGCAGAUUUUCUUCAGAAUAUUUUUUUAAAGGUACAGAAUUCUUAAAAUAUUAACUAAUUGCAUCCAUCUCCUUUGGCUGCUGUAACCAAUUACCAAUAUGAUGGCUUAACACAACAGAAACUUAUUUGCUUACAUUUCUUGAGGGCAGCAAAGCCAUGCUCCCUCCAGAGGCCCUAGAGGAGAAUCUUUCCUUGCCACAUCCACCUUCUGGUGGCUAUUGGCAUUUUUUGGCUUAUGGCCACAUUUCUCUUUCUGCUGUGUCUUCACAUCACCUUCCUCUGUGUACCUAAUCUCCCUCUGCCUCUGUUUUAUAAGGAUCCUUAUUAUGACUUUUAGAGACUACCCAGAUGACUCCAGGAUAAUCUCCUCACCUCAUGAUUCUUAACUUAAUUACAUCUGCAAGGCCCCGUUUUCCAAAUAAGAUAACAUUCACGGGUUUGGGGGAUUAGGAUGUGGCUAUAUCUUUUAGGAAGCCACUCUUAGCCCACCCAAGUCUGCCCUCUGGCCCAAAAUUUAUGUCUGUCUCAUGUGUAAAAGACAUUCAUCCCAUCCUAACAUUCCCAAAAGUCUCAACCCAUUUUGCACUCAAUCCUAAGUCCAAAAUCUCAUUCAAAUAUCAUUGGUUCAAAAGUUCCAAAGCUUAUCAUUUAGAUCAUCUAAAUCAGGUAUGAGUGAAACUCUGGUAUGGUCUUUCCUGAGGCAAAAUUCCUCUUCCUCUGAGAACCAGUGAAACAGAAAAGUUACCUGCUUUCAAAUUACAAUGGUGGGAACAGGCAUAGGAUAACGGUUACAGA